UAUAUCGCAGAGACAGGAUGCAGGUUGAUAACAUGGGAUCCUCAACCACUCAACACCACAUUUCAAUUCCCAUAGCAGAAUUGAGUGCAUCACUUGAAGCUGAAAAGGAAGAAAAGCCUGUAACCGAUGACUAUGUGGAAAAUAUCCCAAAACCUGAAGAGAAGAGUGAAGCCAAGAAUCAAAAAACUGAAGAGAAGGGAGAAUGCCGCUACUGUAGGGAGGAGGACUUUGUUUCUAAACUGGAAUCACCUUGCAAUUGCACUGGCAGCUUGAAGUAUGUUCACAGGAGCUGCAUUGACCAAUGGUGCAAUUCCAAAGGCUGCGUCAUAUUGUGUGAGAUUUGCAGGAAGCCUUACAAUCCAGAUUUUCCGAUUGAGGCACUUCUUUCUGAUGAUGAUGAUCGAUAUCACACAGAGAUGAGUGAGGAAUAUUGGAGGAUUCCGGGAACAAACACUCAAUUUCGGCGUCCUUUGGUGCUGUUAGAGCGUGGCAUCAACAGCGUCAUCGCAUCAAUGAAUAAAGACUUCAACUGGAGAAAACCCACUGGAGGCAUGAUGCUUGGAAUGUCACUCCUCUUCGUAAGAUUACUUUAA